AUGCGAGACGAUGGCUCUCAGAAGAGUGGAAGACCAAGUGCUAACGAGCCAGCAGCCCAAGAAACUGCAGAGGGGGAGUCCAACAAGAAGAAAGGAAAGUCAGUCAGAAUACUUAGCACAAACCAUCUUUUCCAGAAUAACAGGGAUCCGUUUUGCCAAGAUGACCUCUCCCCAGCUUCACAACUGGAGAUAUGGACUAAAUUCUACAAAUCAGACCCACGCAUUGCCCUAGGGAAAUACUCCCCCUUGGAAAAAGAGGUCCUGCGUCUAGGUGGUGUUCACACCAUAGCAGCAAGAAAGUUCUUGGCUUCUAAGCAAGAGGAAGAACGGAAGAUGCUCAAGGAGCUCCAGCUGCUGUCCUCAGACUACAAACGGGUGAUUGAAUAUAAAAGACAAAACUCAUGUCCUUGCCCUGUCUGUGGACCCUUGGAAAAAAUAUGGACGGCAAAGGUGAUUGUGCCCCCAGAGAAGUUUAAAAUGCCACAGCGAGAGAAGACCAACAUCAGCAAGCACAUCGACAGGAUGCAGUUUGCUCGUGCCCUGAGAAACAGGCAGGUUUCACCCAACGUGGAGAGGUUUGGGAACUCUUCAUUUUGGUCAGGAGCGGGCGUGGGCCCUGUGGCAAAAGACACGGCCAGAGAAGAGGGGAAUGACUUUGACGUGAGUUAUUGUGCGAGUAACGAGCAGGAGGAGAAAGGGACAGAGAGGAAAGCCACAGAAAGACAUGAGAUAAAAAUGGAUGUCAUUUUCAAGUCAGAAGAACAGAAAAAGAGCUUAGUAUGUAACAUAAAUGAACGGAGACCAUUCCUCCCCACGAUGAAGCUGGAGCGGUGCAUCACGGGCCCAACGAACAGGUGCCUGUUUCAUUUUUCUGAAUUCCCUGGAGAUCUGAUGCUAAUGAACCAAGAUUUUUUAUCGCGGGGAGUCCGCCCCAGUGACGCGAUGAAGGCCUGCCCCCUGAGAAGACGGCGCAUCUGGGAUGAGCACAGGCGCAAAGCUGUUUCUCACCAUUAUUAA